AUGUCAACUAAUAUCACUACUGCUAAUAAUGAAGACUUGUAUGAUAUAUCAAUAAGUAACACUGGUGCCAGUACCAACCGUCCAUCCACUGCAUCUCAUAAAUAUAACAACAAUAAUAACAAUCAUCAUCAACUACUGCUGCUGCUGCUGGUUCUGACAAAUCUGCUGUCACUGCUGCUGCAAGAAACAUCACCUAAACGUCCAGGUGAUUAUUAUGUUCAGAAAUUAAGUAGCUCAACAAUUAAUCUACAUAAGCAAUUACCUCCAUGUCCUCCUUCUCAUUCAUCAACUGAAAUAAGAAGAAAACCUUCGGGUGAUUCAUUAGGAGGUUCGUCUUAUCCAUCUUCAAUCAUAUCCGAUGAAAGUAGUCUGAUUAUAUUUGAAUCCAAUGCUGAAUCUAGAUUAAGCACUAUGACUGCUGCUACUUCUAUAAUACCCGAAGUUUCACAAUCAACUUCCUCAAUCAUAUCUGAAGAUCAUCCCCUUUUCAAUAAACAAAAAUUUGCCAACAAUCAUCCGGUGUAUAAACUUAGAGCUAGUUCAACUUCUAGUGUCAUUGGUCAUAAUAAAUUACAACACCAUCCUCAUACCCAAUACCCUCCUAACCCCAAUCACCCACCCAUGAAAUCAAGUAGAUCAAAAUCAUUCGCAUCCAUUCCAACAUUGCAUAGAACUAAAACAAGAUAUUUGAAUUCUCAAGAGACUAAAGAAAGACAAAUCUUAAGAAAGAAACGAUAUGAAGAAUUUGAUCAAGAUGAUGAUGAAAUACUAUCCAAUGGUAUCGAUAAUUUAAUCUUCAAUGUCCCAAUAAUUAAAAAUCAUUCUGAUUUAUACUUGCAUUCAUCUUCAGCAUCUACUACAUCGUCAUCGUCAUUAUCAACUCGUGUAACCACGCCUACAAUGUUAUCCAGACGUGAUUUAAUUAAAGAUGGGGAUAAUAACAAAUAUAAUAUUUCUACCGUAACAGUCAAACCAUGUCCACUUCCAGGAAGAUUAAAUAGUGGCGGUUCAAUUCCAACUUCUCCACUUGAUACCCAUAUGCCAACCGUUGAAGAAGAUGAAACAACCGUGAUUGCUGCUGAUGAUGAUUCUGAAAUUGCUCACAAUUUAUCGGAAUUUUAUACUGAAAGAAGUGAAUCUAUUUCCAAAUUAAUUAAAUUAUCUCGUGAACAAACUUUAAUGUAUAAAUUACCUACAUUUGUUAAAUCUCAAUCAUCAAUUGAAGAUUUACAUUUAAUUUCAUGUGAAAAAUUGAAUGUAUUGGAUCAAACUAGACCAAUUCAUUUACCACCCAAGAAUUUAUAUGAUAAAACAAAGCACCAUCGAGAAAUUAAUAAGGUUCUUUCUGAUUAUGAACUAAAUACCAAGAAUUUAAAUGAUACCAGAGCAAAAUCGAUUCAAUCCCAAUUACUUAAUAGAAAUCAAUGGAUUAAAUCAAUUGAAGAAAUGAUGAGUUUGGAUGGUAAGGCAUUUAAUAAACGAUUUAAUUCUGACAAAAAUAUUAUUCGAAAAUUAAGUUGGGAAUCUAAUAUCCCGAAUCAUUUACAAUUUCAAUUUUUCAUGAAGAUAUUAUCAA